AUGAGCGGCUCUUCUCUCUUCUCCAGGUUGCUGUCGGAGGAGAAGCCUGUUGCUGCCCUGUGGGGCUGCCAGCUGAACACGGGCACCCAGAGCUGUGUGGUGAAGGAGGACGAUGACUUCUUGGAGCACCUGGUCCUGCUGAGAACGAUCUGCCUGGGGGCUGAUGCCAGGGAUGAGCUGCACGUGGUGGCUGUUGAUUCGAAAAACACCUAUGGAGACCACAAGCCAGUGACCAUCGCAGCGCUGCGGACCUCGGUGCUCCCCAUGAUCAGCCUCAAAGGUCUGGAGCUGGUCCCCCCUGUCACCUUCCUCCUCAAGUGUGGAGCUGGGCCAGUCUAUCUCAGUGGGCAGCACAUCACCCUGGAAGAUGAUGCACAGUCCGAAGCCCACGAGGAAGAGCUCUCGGAGGAAGAUGUAGGUGAUGAGGAUAAUGAUAGAGCAUCAUAG